AUGAGAUAUUUUGAGGCCCCUCCCAACAAAACCUGCCUGGAUAUGCUGAUCUUGGGAUAUUGUUCGAAACCAAUAGGUGACUUUGUCUUAUCAGCGUUAUCAAAGGUGAUUGUCACAGAUGCUUUUGUGAUUCCUGCCUGUCCUCGCUUGUAUAUUAGAUCUUGUAGAUUUGUGGCCCUAACAGUAGACAUGCUUGAAAUCCCAAGAACGAAGCAAAUUGCGUCCAAAAUAUUGGACUUUCCUGAUCCGUUUAAACCAGUGAUCGCGUUAAACUGGGGAUCCCAGGAUGAGAUAACUGUUCUAACAGCAUAG